GUUGGCUACCCUGCCCUAACCACGACUCAUUACCGAUACCAACCUCAUAAAAUUCAAAACGAAAAGUCAUUUCGUUCAUGUGAUGUGGUCAAUGAUUAAUUAAAUUUCAAAAGAAUUGAGAAAUUGACACGAAAUGGCUGAUCCCCAAGCCGAGAAUAAUCCGUCAGCCAACGGCCAAGUGGCCAAACCGGACGAAACCCAACCGACCCAAAAUGCACCCCAGCAACCGCAGCAUCAGCCAACCCGAAUGGAGUCAUUUUUCGCAAUCACCAAAUCGCUAAUAAUCCGCGCCUUGAUCAUCUACUUCAUCACGUCCUUCUUCCGCAAACCUGCGCCCCCGCAGACCAACAACACGGGGGUCACUACACCGUCCUUCGCCGCACAGAACAUGUUCAUCGAGGGGACCCCUCUCACGUUGCAUGUUUACAUCUCCGAAAAGGAAGACCUGGACGAUUAUAACCCCUCUAAUUUAUUUUGGUAUCGGGACAACCUUGUCUACGGCGAUUGGACGUCGGGCCCCAACAAGGACGGGACCUACUUUAUCGAGAAAAACAUCACGGUCACGGACCAUAUUCGAAACAACGGUUCGUUGUUCUUGCACGCGUUUGUGACGCGACAAGGGGAAAGCCCCAACCCGAAAGCCCCCAACUAUGGCAAACAGUUCACACAGGUCACCAAACAAUUAAACAAGUACAAGAAACUGAAAGCCUCUGGCACUAAAAAUCUCCUGACGGGGACCAGUGAGAAGGCCGUAGUUGAAGACGGGAAAAUCGUGUCGCAUUGGCACCCCAACUACACCCUAAAUCUUGUCACGGAUCAGACGGCGUGGACUUACGGGGCUGUCCCGCCCCCUCUUGACCAGUUCAUCAAAUUCACCCCUGACGGUAAAUUCUACAAGCCGGUCUUGUACGCGAACGAUUUUUGGAACAUGGCGCGCGAUUACAAGCCGCUGAACGAGACGAAUUUAGUUCUCUCGUUGCGAAUUUUGUACCAGCCUUUGAGCCUCUUCAAGUGGCAGAUGUACGCAGCCCAGGGCAUGCGGCAGAUGUGGAACGUCUGGGGCGAGAAGGAGGGCGAGUCGGACGAGGAGCAAGACACCCUGAAGGAGACACUGAUGGACACGAACCCCUAUCUUUUAGGGAUCACGAUUUGUGUCUCCAUUCUCCACUCCAUCUUUGAGUUGUUAGCCUUUAAGAACGACAUCCAGUUCUGGAACAACCGCAACUCGCUGGAGGGACUCUCGGUUCGUUCCGUUUUUUUCGGAGUGUUUCAGUCGCUAGUCGUUUUGCUGUACGUCCUCGAUAACGACACGAAUACUUUAGUCCGGAUUAGCUGUUUCAUAGGUUUGGGGAUCGAGGUUUGGAAAAUCUACAAAGUUGUGGACAUUAAGUUCGAGAAUGGUCGCCUCGUUUUCAAGGAUAAGGGCUCGUACGUUGAGAGCAGCACCAAAGUGUACGAUAAUCUAGCUUUUAAGUAUUUAUCGUGGGUGUGUUUCCCGCUUUUGGUGGGUUACAGUGUUUACGCGUUGCUGUAUCUCGAGCACAAAGGUUGGUAUUCGUUUGUAUUGGAUUUGUUGUACGGUUAUUUGUUAACUUUUGGAUUUAUAAUGAUGACGCCUCAGCUUUUUAUCAACUACAAACUCAAAUCCGUCGCACAUUUGCCGUGGCGUAUGUUGACUUACAAGUUUUUGAACACUUUCAUAGACGAUAUGUUCGCCUUUGUUAUUAAAAUGCCAACAAUGUACAGAAUAGGGUGCUUUAGGGAUGAUAUUGUUUUUCUCAUAUUCUUGUACCAACGGUGGAUUUAUCCCGUUGAUAAAAAGAGGAAGAAUGAAUUCGGGUACAGUGCCGAGGCCGAGGAAAACGUUCAGGGAGAGAACAGUAUUGCAAAUACACAAGAAACUAAAAAAGAUAAAUGAAAAUUUUGUUAAAAACAAUCUUUAGUUAUUUAUUUUUCAAUUGUUUUUUAUUGUUUUAAAGUGCUGUCUUUCAGUAGUUGUUAGUGCAGGUAUAAAAAUAUUUUUUCUUGGACUAUUGACACGUGUGUCAAUGCGCUGUUAAAUCUAUAGACUCGGAAAAGUAUUCUUGUCGCAAGCCUGCAAGUUAUACAUGUUGUGAAUAUAUUUGAAAAAACGUCUGAUGAAUAGAAACCAGAAGAUAACGAA